AUGCCUCGGUCUCAGGGUCAAGCUCGUCAGCUCUCGUCAGCCGGCUCUCCCAAGAGCGAGAAGCCGUCCAUCGCGGAGGCACGGCCAAGCUCCAGCAUCAUCCUUCUCUCCCCUACCAACCAGGUCCUGCUCCUCCACCGAGUUCAGACAUCAAGCUCCUUCCCCUCCGCACACGUCUUCCCCGGUGGAAACCUGUCGCCCUUCCACGAGCCUCCCGCCCCGCCGCCCGACUCACGCGAGCGCCAUGCGGACUCACUGGCAUACCGCCUCGCCGCGGUGCGCGAGACGUUCGAGGAGUCCGGCAUCCUCAUCGCCAAGCGCUCCCUGGCAGACGACGUGCUGCUCGUCGUGCCGGAGGUCGAGCGCGAGAAGGCACGGCGCGAGAUCCACGGCGACAAGGUGAGGUUCACCGAAUGGGUAGAGGCUGGACUGGGAGGCACGCUGUGCGUGGACGACCUGGUGCCCUUCACCAGGUGGGUCACGCCGCCCAACAUGCCGAAGCGCUUCACGACGCAGAUGUACCUCUAUUUCAUGCCGCUGGCCGACUCACCGCGGACGCCCGGUGGCGGGGGCGACGGGCCUGUCGACGUGGAUGUCGUGCAGACGCCAACGUCCGACGGCGGUGUCGAGCACACGGCGGCCACGUUCGCCGACGCGUCGGAGUGGUUGCGACAGCAGAGCAAGGGGGAGAUCGUGCUGUUCCCGCCGCAGUGCUACCUCCUCACCCUCGUGGCGCAGAUCUUCGACUCGGUAUCCCUCGAGAGUGUCGGGGGUGAUGCGGAAGCCAGGUAUGCAGCGCAACGCAGAGCCCUGGUCGACUUUGUGCGCCGGACGCCCACGACGAGUAGAGGUGAGGCGGGCGGCAAAGCUCUGCAUCCAUCGGCGUUGAUCCCGUGGUCGGAGAAGGUCAUGAGCCCACACACGCUAUUUAUACGGGAUAGCGAUGACAGGAUCGUGCUGGGAAUCGAUAAACCUGGCCCGGAGCUGAAAGGCAGUGGGGCAGGUGGUGACUUCGAGAGGGUCGUUUUGGUUAAAUUUGCCAAAGGAGGGCCUCAGGACGUUGAGGUUAGAGGAAGAGAUGAGGUCUUAAGGGAAGAAAAGGCCAUUAAAGAAGCGGGCAAAGAAGCAGGGAAACUUUAG